CGAUCCGAAUAAUGCACGGCCCCGGCACACCUCAACGCGGCGGCGCCACACUAAAAAAUCCACUCUGCUACUACUCCAAGGCACAAGCGCCCAGAGCAAACUAGCAAAACAAAACCCUCAGCAAGCUAGCGCCAGUGACAAAGAGCACUCGCGCCGCCGCGGCUAGCAAGCUAGAGAGAGAGGUAGGAGAUUAAACCGGAUCGAUCGGAUCGGUGGUGCUGCCCAUGGCCAGCGCCGCCGGCGACAGUGCGGAAGGGGUCGGCGGCGGCGACUGGCCCUUCGCUGGCGUUGGCGGCGACGCCUUCGCGGCGGAGUACUCGUCCGUCUUCGCGGAGCUCGGCUGGCCCGGCGGCCUGGCCGGGGAGCUGCCGGUGCUGGAUCUGCCCGAGGCGGCGGCGGCACCGCCUGCUGAGGUGACGCGGCCGGCAGAGGAGGUCAUGGCGCCAGCCAGGUCGGGGGACGCCGCCGCUUCGUCGAGCUCAAGCGGGGACGGCGACGGCGCCGCGCCGGGGAGCGACGAUCGGAGGCCUGCCGCCGCCGAGACAGCGAGUGAGAAGCCGGCAGCGGCGAAGAAGGGGCAGAAGAGGGCGCGGCAGCCGCGGUUCGCGUUCAUGACCAAGAGCGAGAUCGAUCACCUCGAGGACGGCUACAGAUGGAGGAAGUAUGGCCAGAAAGCUGUCAAGAACAGCCCUUUCCCAAGGAGCUACUACAGAUGCACCAACAGCAAAUGCACCGUGAAGAAGCGCGUGGAGCGGUCCUCGACCGACCCCUCCGUGGUGAUCACCACCUACGAGGGCCAGCACUGCCACCACAUUGGCUCGUACCAGCGCGGCGGCGGAGGCGGCGCCGCCGCGGCGCACAUCCAUCAUAGCGCGGCGGCCGUCGCGCUUGCGGAGCAAAUGUCGUCGUUCAUCCCGGCUCACCAGCUCUACAGCUUGCCGCCCUUGCACCCACAGAGCUCUCCGUCCUCGGAGACCAUCGUUAGCCCGCCGGCGUCCACAUCUUUGCAGCAUCUGAACGGCGGCGCCGACGAGCUGCGGCGGGCAAGCUACAGCCCGAGGGUGUCUAUGGUGCAGUCGCCGACGACGCCGUCGUCAUCUGUUUCGCCGGCCGUUUCAGUUGAGAAGGCGGGGCUACUGGACGAUAUGGUGCCUCAAGGAGUAAGACAUGGAUGAUGCUGGCAAUAUGACUCAUCUAUCUGAUCGUGAAGUCCAUCUCUCGGCACUACCAGGAAGGCAGAUCACCAGCUAUUAGGGCGGUUUCCUAUCUCAUCAUCGAUAUUUACUUGUACCUCUAAAUGACCAGCUAGGCCAUGUGGAUUGUUGUAGAGAGAGUAUGCAUACUCAGAUUUAACUUUUAUAGACAGAUUAUGGUGUUGCAGUAGCCAAUUUUAUCCAGAAGUGUCCAAGAUUUGCUAAUGAUCAGUGUCACUCCAAAAAUGGUGGAUGUAUCAGUACUUUCCAUGGCAGAUUUUUUAUGCCAGUUAACUUGCAUCAGGUUAA